UUCUAAGGAAGUCGGCGCCAUGUUCAGUGUCAACCAGUUAAAAUAGACCGACCCCCAAGUCAGACGCAAGUAACAAUCGGCAGGGACAGCGGAGAGAGCAGCAGGAACGACAACGACAACGACGACAGAGCGUCUGGGAGCGUGGUGGGCGAUCUGCACUUUGGCUACGUUACGCUCAGCAUUAGUAAGCUUUCGACAGUUGACAACGCGAGACGCUUAGAGCGCACGGUAGUUAAUAACCGACGGCAACGCGUCGCUGCUGUCGGCGCAGUCGGCGUAAACGCGAGAAAAAAUAAUAAAACGCAUCGAAACAAAAGAAGCAAAAAUGCAACGCACCAACAUCGAGUUAGAGCGUCAACGUCAUCUAGCCAAUUGGCUGGUGAAGAGCAGUCCGCACAUGGCAGCUGCUGCAGCAGCGGGCGCAGCGCCACCCACGGCAGGAGUUGGAACUGGAGCUGCAGUGGUGGGCGCAGCUGUAGUCGGAGGUGUGGCAGCUGCAGUGCAUGGCGCGCCCGGCAACAGCGCUGCUGCCGCUUGUAACGGUGCCCCACCUGGCGCACAUCACGGCCACAUGGCAGUAGCCACGGCUGCUGCCGCUGCCGCUGCUGCAGCUGAGGCGCGCAAACCGAAGCUGCGUCGCUUCAACUCCCACGAUACCAGCUCGAACAUGUUCUCCGUGGCGGACUUCGAGAAUGCGCGUCUGGCGCGACGCAACGAGAUUGAGCUGAAGCAGCGGCUGGCGCGACGGCAGCGCAACAGCGCCAACUGUAGCUACGGGCUGGCUGGCGGUUGCGCCAGCAGCAACGGCAACAACAACAACAAUAACACCAACAACGCUGGCUACUCGGGCAGCAAUAAUGCGAGCUACAGCGGCUUCUGCGGCGGCCUCAAUGGCAGCGGUGAUUACUCAACGGGCGACAGCAAGAACUCCAAGUGCAGCAGCAGCAGCGAGCAGGAACCACUGCCCGCUGAUGUUUUCCUCGAGCGGCAUUCGCUGCCGCGAGUUGUGCGCAUUUUGUACAGCAGCAAAAGCUCCAAUGAGACGCUGCAGUCGAGUUCAUCGCACGGCUCCUCCACGGCUGCCUCGAGCAGCUCCUCGACAGGCCCCAAGCAGCAGCAGCAGCUGGCAAAUGAGUCAGGCAAUGGCACGGGCACCGGCACGGGCACCAAUUCGUCCUCUAGCGCUGGCAGCGGCAACCACAACAGCAGCAGCUGCGUUCAGCCUGGCCAUGAUGAGCUCUUCCUGCUCUACAGGCUCGUUCGACAGCGUCACAUCUACCAUGGACACAAUGCUAAGUCGCAGGCAUCGCAGCGCAAAAAAACGGUGCUCAUACCCCAAGAGUUUCCAGGGUAUUUUUCGCUGCUGAACGAGAAGGGCUUGCCAACGGCCACACAGUAUGGAACGCUAAUGCAGCUGGUUCGCGAGCGUGUCUACAAGUUUGCCUCGGUGGAUAACAUGCCGGCGUUUACCGAAUCAUCGCCAAGUGGAGCCAACAAUAGUCCCAGCCACGAGGGCUGCCUGCCCAGCAGCAAACAGCGGCCGCAGUACAUAAAGACGACGGCACGCGGCGGCCAAGUGUUUCGCCUGCUGGCCGUCUUCGAGGAUGGCAAGCAGGAGCAUGGCCAGGCGAGUCACACGAACAGUGUGUGCAAGUCGCAUGUGGUGGCAAGUGGAGGCUACAUGGGGCGCGACAAGGAAAAGGGACGCUAUGCGCAGCUAUUGAACGAGCAGCGUCAGGUCAUGUAUGUGCCGCUGGCGACCAAAGGCAAAUUCUACGAGAUUGAGCCGGGUAUACCGCAGCUGCUGCAGAAACAGGGCGACAUGCAGCGCAAACUGAAUCCGGAGUGUGUGCAUCGAUUGGGCGCCUUGGUGGCAGCGGCCAAACAGCUACCGCUAAUGCUGCGCUACAUCUCAGGUCCCGCCGGUGCCGAAAUACCCGAGCAGCUGUGCAUCAGUCGGAUGAGCAAGGAGGAUGUCAUAAUUGGCUGUCCCAUUGAGGAGCUGGAUGGUAACGGGCCGCUGCCGCCGGUGCAACAGCAACAUCAGCCGCUACAGCUGCGUAAGCUUUAUAUCAGCCGCGAGAUGCAGCUGCUCAAGUGCUUGCUGGGCUUUGAUUCCGAACAGCGCAUGCUGGCCAAUGCCCAGGUGCAGACCAUGCUUAAGUUUUGUCAAUUCAAUUGCGAUCAGUUUCUUAAACUUGUGGAGAUUGAGCUCUUGCAGCGCAGCGAACGAUCAGGCAGCAAAACGCGCGAGGGACUCAAAAUUCUGAAGCCGUUGCAUCUGCCCAAGCUGCUGCGGCGCGAGAAGAGCAGCAUGACGGCAACGUCAACGGCGGCGCAUGAGAAGGAGGACUCGAUCAUAUUUCUAAGUAAGACCGAUUUGGAGCAGCUUGAGGCUAAAGAGGCGGCAGCAGCGGCAGCGGCGUCAUUAGCAACAGGCGAAGCCUCGAACCAGGUCGCACCCAAUCGCAUCACGGAGCGCAUGAAGGUCUUUCAGUCCACCAAAAAGAAAUGGUUUCGCAAGCAGCAGCAACAACAGGAGCAGCAGCUGGAUAAAUCCCAAACAGAACUGCAGCUGGAUGUGCAGGCGAAGCGCAUGAGCAUGGAACGCUACACGGACAUGUCCAAGCUGCUGCAGGAGCGCUUUGGCAAUGACAACAAUGAGCCCGCGGCGGCUACCACGGAUACCCAAUCGCUGCACAGCGAAACGGAGACGACCACGCUGAGUCACAGCAUGGAGCGCAGUUCCAUGCCCAAAUCGCUGGACACAUUGCUGCAAAAGUCCAUGUCCCUGCAGGACAUUGAGCUUCUGAAUGGACAGCGACCACAGCAGCGACCAGAUUUGCUUACUGCGCAUACGGAUGCCAUCAGCGAAGCCGGCACCGAGCUGGAGGAUGUUGAGAACCAAACGCCGCCGCCGCAAUCCUUCAUCACCGAGAAGCUCUACAAUGAGUUCCAUGUGAAAACGCGCCAGUAUAGCAAAUCCUCGAGUAGUUUGCAUCAGUUGCGUCACUUUUCGCUGCCGCAGAAGCUGCAGCUCCACGAAACGGAGCCCGAGAAGCGCAUUCAGACGCAGUUCAGAGCGCAACAGCAGCUCCAGCUAGGCAAGGAGUUUGGUGAGCCCAUCACAGGACGACGCGCUGCUGGCGGCGUCUCUUUGCUGGGCGGCCUGGUCGCACUGUCUCCGGCAGCGCUUCUCUCACCCACAUCGCUGGUGGAGGAUGAUUUGCCGUACUCCAGCGUGCGUGACUCCCUAGUCAUGGCUAGUUUGGACAGCGGCGAGCACAGGGAACCGGCACCAAUUACGCCUGCCGCCUUGGACUACGCCAAGGAGAAUAUCUAUGCGGAAAUUUGCGCCUCGCACACCUGUGACAGCUUCUCGGGCGCCACGCAGCUCACCCAGCUGCCUCCACACGACAAUGGGGAUGUCCUUGUAGAUGAUGAGGACGAAGAUGAUGGUGACUACGCCUCGCUCAAAUAUCAACCGAACGGACCGCAGUCUGUGAGCCGUGUCGAGAUUAAUUGCACCCCGGCCACCAGUGCCAUCAGCUAUCAUACGGUCUACCUCGGCGAGGAGCCGCUAGGGGAGCGGCAUGCGGCGGCUGCUCAGCAUAUAACCACCGUAGAGCUGGCCGGCGAGAAUAACAUAUACAAUACGCUCAAAUGAUGAUUCUUGUGAUUUCGGCGACGACGCUUAGCCGGCGCCCAGGGGCUAUUCUGAAUGUGAAAGGACAAUGCGAAUUCUAGAAUAUAUUAAAACACAUAUAUAUUUUAUUUAAAAAAUAUCUCGUAAAGCGAACAAAACUGUUGAAACAGAUGAGAAACAAUAUUUAUAUGUAUAGAAAAAUCUCCGUAGAGCAGGCAACAUGAAAAAGACCCAUAGAAAAUAGAUGUAACAAUACGUGAAAUAAGUAACCAAAGCUAAAGAAAAUUAUUUAUAGAAAACAAACUUAAGCACCAUUUGGUAUUCCCUUAAAAAAUACCAAAAACAAAUAUUCAAAAAGUGUGUAUAACAGAAACUUAAAAC